GAUCACACACGCUAUACUCCAAUUAACGAAAUCUUACGAUUUAUGAUCUGUGAAGAAGGCCGAUUCGAAGCCGGGACCGUGGCUUGGUGAGCUUGAGCUUGUCCCCCGCAUUUAAAACUCCAUUAUCCGGCGCGGGGUUUAAGCUGGUUUUAAUCUUAAGAUAUUGGUGUUCCACCUCGAAGACAGGAUAGAAACUUUCCACAUAUCACAUCAUCUUGCACCCAGUCUUAGGAGAUCUAGUCAAGAUGUUGCUCAAGGAAGACCAUAUCGAUGUCACGACAACCGUAGAUGGAAAGGAGACGUCUAUGAGAAUUUUCACUUUCCAUCCCACCAUCUCGCAAUACCCUAAUGCUAAAUUCCCUGGCGUUGUGCUAUUCAGCGAGAUCUAUCAAGUGACUGGUCCGGUAGCGCGAUUUGCGCGUCAAAUUGCAGGACAUGGCUACAUCGUCGCUGCCCCUUCGUCGUAUCAUGACUUCAUUGGACCAGAGGCCUUGGGCUACGAUGUUCCAGGCACUGACAAAGGAAACGAGUUGAAAAUAACGAAGACCCUCCAAUCGUAUGAUGCAGACUCUCGCAAGACUGUUGAUUACCUCCUCAGUCUCCCUACCUGCAAUGGAAGGAUAGGUACCACGGGAAUGUGUCUAGGCGGUCAUCUCUCUCUACGAGCUACCUUGGACCCGCGGAUAAGCGCAGGCGUUUCCUACUUCGCGACAGAUGUCCAUAGCCGUACGCUCGGCCCGUAUACCGCGGCUGACAAGUCGGUCGAGGGACCGGCGAACAGCACCCACACGAUCGAUAAGCUCGGAGAAAUCAAGGGCGAGGUGGCUAUGAUCUUCGGUAUCAAGGACACCCACGUCCCAGACGACGGCCGAGACUUAAUCCGACAAAAGAUGAGAAGUGCCGGCACUGUAUUCAGCUUCUACGAGUUUGCGUGGGCACAACACGCUUUUAUCCGUGACGAGCUGAGCAAGGGCCGAUAUGACCCGGCCAUCACGAAGAUCUGCUUCGAGGUGCUGACAGAGCUAUUCAACCGAGUACUGAAGACAGACUUGGGGCCGAGGGACACGAAGCCUGAGGAGAUCGAGCACUUCUGUUAGUGGUCCUUUGUCGGUAGCCUGUAUGUAACAUACCGAGAACAAUACAGAUUCGUCGAGAUGUCAGAUUAUUCGCCCCGAUAUAUUGA